AUGUCAGGACCGUCAGGUAAACUCGGCGGUCUUUCCACCAGUGUCGUCGCCAUCAUCGCUGUCGGUGGUGUAGCAGGCCUGCUAGCCCUCAUUGUCGUUACGUCUCUCAUCUUGGACAUACCAAAGCGUAUGAAGCAAAAGAAGAACACUGGCCUCAUGGCACCAGAAGAGAUGGAGAAGAAGAGUGUAGAGAUUGACGACGCGGAAAAGGGUGCUAUCAAGCAAGCGACAAGAGAGAUAUCAGUUCAAUCCCCGAGCUUUCUAUUCGAAUACCACAACGUUAAGAUGAGUUUAUCGGCACUACAUUUAAUGUUCUACGACACCUUUCUGUGA